AUGUCUGGAGAGUUACCAAAAAUCGCCUCUAUGAGUUUAUUUUCUACCUAUGUUCAGAAAAAGAAUGCAGAAGAAGAAGCCGUGAAAAUAAGGAAUAGAAUUGAUUAAAUAAGACAAGAGCGAGAAAAAAUAUUAAAGAAGAUUUAGGCAGAAGACUUGAAGGCAGAGCAAAUUUACAAACACAGAUUGGAAUUACAAUUAAAAAAAGAAGAGAAGAUCAGACAGAAGGUUGAAGCACCACCUCCAUUCUCUUUAAGUGUAUCAAGGGCCCAAAAAGAGACAUUAAAGAAAAUAAAGGAGGAAUUGCUAUAUAGGAAGAAAACAGAAGUGAAGGAAUUUAGAAGUUGGCAUAGAUAAGAUUUGUAUGGAACAAAAAUGCAGAAAAGUUUAGAUCAUGAAACUUAUCGACAUAAAGUCCUUUAAGGAAAGGAAGAAGAGCGAUAGGCUAAUUUGAAUACAUUGGCUAAAUUGAAAGAAAGAAGAGAUAGGAUCAGAUAUGAAGUGGAGGUUGAAAAGGAUAGAGUUCUAAGAGAGAAGAAUGAAUACGAUUAGAAAAUAUACGAAUUAGAAUAAUUAGAACAAUUAGAAUUAGCGAAUUUAUAGAACACUCUACAGAGAUAAAAUUAAGCAAAAGAAAAAGUGAAUUUGGCUUAAAGUCUUCCACCUAAAGAAUUUGAAGUUAAAUUUGGCUAUAAUUCAACAAAAAACAAUCAAAAUUCAACAAGUUCAUGA